AUGGGACGCCCAAAGGUCCUUCCAGCGAACCGCUUACGGGCCAACACCGCCUGCACGGCAUGUCGGGCGUCUAAGAAACGAUGCAGCGGCUCUUUCCCUUGCACCAAUUGCAUUAACAAGGGUCGUGGCCACACGUGUAUCCCGUUUAAGUCUAUAUCAGCCGCGGACACUCGUAGCCGCCGUGAAUCGACCCUCUCCCGACAGCCGCUAGAAAGUAUUCCAACUGCAUGGACCGAGAUCAACGCCAAUUUACAAAGUCCUCGAUCCUUGCAGAUUCAAGAUGCCAGUCCCUCUGACCGACUCAUUGGACGUCCGCUCGAAGCGGGUUCGCGAUCGCCAGAGGCAACGCAUCGCACCCAUCCUCGCAUGUUGCGGAACCUUCAAGGAGAGAGAGUUUAUGUUGGCAAGGCGGCCUCGCUGUCCUUUCUUCAACUGCUUCGUGAAACGGUGACUCAGCAUAUCGGGCCUUCGCAGUUCUCACACAACUACAAGAGUGAAGAUAUGCUAGAGACGGAGGCUCACCAUGAUCCACUAAAUUUCUCGGAAGAACACUGUAGCAUCGAUGACAAGCGCCGCUUCAUAAAAACAUGCUUCAUCGCGACCAGCGGAUUCAUUUACCUGGGAAGCGACAUAGAUGCGCUACUCUCCGAUCAAAGAGAGCCGAUGACUAGCCGUGAAGAGAUUCAUGCAGCCAUCCGCGAUCUGAUGAUCGCGAUCGGAGCACAGUCAUGUCCCGAUGAACCUGAGAAUGUUCGGGUGGAGCAAUUCUUCGUUGAGCGUGGCCAACGCAGGGCGUUUGCCAGCAUGCUCGAAGAUCCCAGCUUAGAUCUAGUGCGGGUGUUCUUACUGCUGUCGUUUUACAUGUUCGGAGCAUGUCGUCGAAAUGCAGCUUUCAUGUACCUGGGUGUGGCAUCUCGGUCAGCGGUUGCACUAGGUCUUCAUGUAGAUUCGUCGGGAUCUUUAAGUCCGAUUGAACAGAAAGAAAGAGUUUGGACGAGUCUUUGUGUAAUCGAUCUCCUGGCGAGCUCGAUUCUCGGUCGACCGCCUGCUACCGCCGGGCUACUACCCGGAAGCCGCAGAGACCUCAGCUUGAUAGAAUCAACCCCCGUUGAAGUGGGAUUGGUGGCUUCAUACCAGCUAUCAUUGAUUAUCGAUGAAAUUACCAGCCGUCUAUACAGUGAAAAGGCUGCUUCCGCCGAAACAGCAGACUUGCUCCUGACGAAGCUCAAUCGCUGGAGCGAUCAAUUACCGGAAUGUUUACGAACCCCAUCUGAAAAUGAGGAUUCCGAUGCUGCGCAGGAACGCAUCAUCGGGAAUAUGCACGUGGCAUGCUCUUAUCAUUUUGCCGUGAUUCUCGUCUCUCGACCUUUCCUUAUCUCAACAUUGAGCGUCCGACUGGCCCGGUUGCACCAGGCCUUUUCUACGGAUGGAGCGAGCGAGACAUUGGAGGAAGACCCGGCCCAUUCACGACUCGCGGCGGCAUGUAUUGACUCGGCGGUCUACAUGCUCCAGACAUGUAAAGAAAUCCAUCAAUCUGAACUGCUUCUUCGACAGAUGUCUCUUCUCAAGGCGUUUGUAUUUGCUGCAGCUCUAGUCCUCGGCUUCUCAAUGUUCUCCCACCGUGAUGUCGAUACCGAAAUCGACAGUGCAUUUACUGGCGCCCUAUCUAUUCUGCAAAUGCUUGCGCAGCAAUCUGCACAAGCAGCCCACUAUCUAGAAAUCCUUACGUUACUCCAAGCAGCCGUCACACAGCAACGACAACGACUCUCAGCCCAAGCACGUCAACGACGAAGCCAGUAUGUCAGUCGAAUCUUCAGCCUGAGCGAUACUCCGUCGACACCCCGGAUGCAGGGCGCGGACAGCAGCCGAAGAGGUAGUACGACUCCACUCCUCGUCCAGGGAGGUCCAUUUUAUCCAUGGAUUCCAAAUGACGAAGGAGCCGCUAUUGCGACGCCGCCGAUAAUGGAUGGGGCGUUUCUGGACUGGGAAGGGAUGGAAUUGCCGCUGUGGGAUAGUUUUCCAUUUACCGAGCCGGGAUCAUCGGUGCUAUGA